CCGGCGUUGCGGCUUCUGCUCUCCUCUAUAGGCUUUUGGUAUCGAUCUGCUCGGUUGCAGGGUCAGGUGGUUGCUGGAUGCGCUUGCUUUCUCGUCUUUGUGCCGCUUCCAGCCAGACAAGCAGGCUCCUACGCACUUGCCAUUCAACUCUACCUCGUCCCCGUCUUCAGACUAGAUUUGCGCCACCAUCUGCCUCUCGUCCCUUCCAUUCUAGCAUGUCUGCGGCUGCCAGUGUUCUCCAGAAUGGCAAUCCAGCAGAGACUCACGGGAACUUCGACCUGGUCACACGUUUCAAGCUCCACUUCGCGGACAUCCAUGUGUCCAAGUGGAAGAGCCGUGAGUCCGGCCUGUCUGUCGUACAUCUAGAUUAUGAUGCUCCCCUGGUCAACGGAUAUUUCGUAGUUGGCACAGAAAUCUUCGAUGACAGUGGUUGCCCGCAUACAUUGGAACAUCUUGUGUUCAUGGGUUCUAAGAAGUAUCCGUACAAGGGUAUCAUAGACCAUUUUGCCAACCGUGGUUUCUCCAAUGGCACAAAUGCAUGGACGGAUACCGACCAUACCGCAUACACUGUGUCCACCGCUGGCGAACAGGGCUUCUUGCAGUUACUUCCGAUCUAUGUAGAUCAUAUCCUGUACCCGACACUCACCAAAGCCGGUUUCAUCACCGAAGUCCAUCACAUCAACGGAAAAGGUGAAGAUUCUGGUGUCGUGUAUAGCGAGAUGCAGGGUCGUGAGAACACUUCGGGGGACCUGAUGGUUUUGCGCAUGCAGAGAUUGCUUAACCCUCCAGGGAGCGCAUACCGUAGCGAAACCGGCGGUCUCAUGGAAGCUCUCCGUGUGCUUACUGUAGAGCAAAUCCGGAAGUACCAUGGCACAUACUACGUUCCUCACAAUCUCACGCUCAUCGUGACGGGCAAGCUUGCGUCUGGCACUACAUCCCUUCUUGAUGUCGUACAGAAGGAAGUGGAGCCAAGUAUCGUCGAACACAAGCAGAACCGGGGACCCAAGCCCGAAGGCUGGAAGCGGCCGUUCGUCGAGACUGCCAGCGCACAGCGCAAUCUCAUUCCGGAGACCGUCAAGGAGACUGUAGAGUUCCCUGAGAAGGACGAGAGCGUAGGCGAGCUACAAAUCGGCUUCCUUGGCCCGCCACCAACUGCGUUCCUCGAGAGGAAGGCACUGGAUAUCCUCGGGCUUUACUUGACCUCAUCGCCUGUAGCGCCGCUGAACAAGGAGUACGUUGAAAUUGAGAAUCCUCUCUGCACGUACAUCUACUUCAGUGAGGACACGCGUGCGAAGCGCGUUGAUCUACCGGUCUACAUUGGCUCCGUCCCUACAGAGCACCUUGAUACCUUUGACGAGAAGUUCAAGGCGAGCCUGAAGAGAAUUGCAGAUGAGGGUGUCGACAUGGACAGGAUGGCUAUGGUCAUAAACCGCGAUGAGCGUCAGCUUCGCAGCAAGAUUGAGUCUUCGCAAGGCGACACGUUCUCCGGCAACGUGAUCACAGACUUUCUGUACGGGUCAGAGGAUGGCUCGGAUCUUGCACCGUCGAUGGACGAGAUCAACUACUACGCACAGCUCAAGAAGUGGUCCAGCACACAAUGGGCAGACCUCCUGCGCAAGUACUAUGUCGAUCCUCCGUCCGUUGUCGUCCUUGGACGUCCUUCCGGCGAGAUGGCCGACAGGCUCGAUCGGGAAGAGAAGGCUCGCGUCGCUGCCCAGAAGGAGCGUCUGGGACCCAAGGGCCUAGCUGCAUGCGAGAAAGCGCUAGAGGACGCGAAGAAAGAACACGAGAAGGAGAUCCCGCCAGAGAUCCUGAAGUCAUUCCCGGUCCCGGACGUGAAGAGCAUCGCUUGGAUACCAGUGCACAGCGUGCAGGAGAAGCACGGCCGCGACGGCCGUGCGCCAACGGUCCAGGGAGACAACUCGCAGUUGGCGAAGCAUAUUGAGCAGGAUGGCACGCCUCUACCAUUCUUCGUCCAGUACGACCACGUCAAGUCCGACUUUGUCACCGUCCACGCAUAUUUCUCCCUGGCGAAGCUCCCUGAUCGCCUCCGCCCCCUCAUGUCUACUUAUCUCUCCUCAUUCUUCUCUCUCCCUGUCAAGCGAAGUAAUGGCGAACGCUUGAACCAUGAAGAGGUCGUUCACAAGCUCGAUAGCGACACCGUCUCGUAUGAGGUCGCCCUUGGUGUCAACAGCACCUUCACGGAGACCGUGCGUGUCAGCAUCAAGGUCGAGACUAGCUUGUACGACUCGGCCAUCGGCUGGCUCAAGGACCUCGUGUAUGGCAGCGAGUUCGACAAAGAGCGACUACAAGUUACGGUUGCGAAGAUCGCGCAAUCUCUUCCCGAGAUGAAGCGCGACGGCGAUACCGUCCUCGGCUCGGUUUCUGCAGAACUGCUUUACGCCGAGAGCUCAACGAGCCGCAUGGGUGGCGUCGUCCCGCAAAUGGAGUUCAUUCCGAAGCUUGCUCAACAGCUGCAGGAGUCGCCCCCUGAGGUUGUCAAGGACCUCGAAGAGAUUCGCAGCUACCUGACUGACCCAACUGGUGUCCGGAUAUCCGUCAACGGCGACAUCCUUUCCCUCAAGGAACCGCGAAGCGCGUGGGCGCGCCACUUUGGCAAGGCGCUGCCGGAAAGCGAGCUUGCAUCCCUCCGCCUUGCGGUGGACACCCUGAGCCUUGUAGGGAAGAACCCUGUUAAACGCGCCGUUGUCGUCAGCUUGCCAACUAUUGAGAGCGCGUUCGCCACGCAUACCGCGAAAGCCGUCCAGGGCUGGUCGCACCCCGAAUAUCCCGCAAUGCGCGUCGCCAUUGAGGUUCUGAAUGCGACCGAGAGCUACCUAUGGAGGUACAUCCGUGGUUCUGGGCUGGCUUACGGUGCUCACUGCGGAUUGGAUCUUGAGGCUGGCUUCGUCAGCUUCACACUCUAUCGCAGUUCCAACAGCAUAGAAGCCUUCAAGCAGGCGGCGAGCGUUAUCAAAGGCCUCACUGAUGGAUCGAUCGCCUUAGAUGAGACCGUGCUUGAUGCUGCGAAGAGUAGCAUUGUGUUCGGUGUUGCGAAGAGUGUCUCCACACCAGGCCGCGCGGCUCUGAUGUCCUUCAUCAACCAAGGUCUGAAGGGCGUCCCACAGAACCACAACAUUGACUUGCUCGAGAAGUUCCAGAAGAUCACCAAGGACGAUGUCCUUGCUGUCCUCAAGAAGUACUUCCUUCCCCUCUUCGACUCCUCGUCCUCCGUCGCGGUCGUUGUCACGGCACCCGGGAAGGCUGAUGAGGUGUCCGAAGAGCUGAGCAAGGUCGGCUUCGAGGUUGAGCAGAAGACCCUCCAGGUUGAGGUUGAUGAGGAUGGCGAGUAUUCGGACUCGGACUCGAGCGGGAGCGAGAGCGAUGGCGGCCGCUAGCACCAUCACUGCCACCCUCUUUACUAUCACUGCUAAUAUGUAGCCAUAUACAAGGGUUUCCGCGGGGUGCGGAUGGGAUAUGUAGCAUCCAACUCACUUCUCUAUGAUGUCUUGUGCGACUGAAUAUGCUGCGGGCUCGUUCAACAUAGCGUUGCCGACAAUAGGAUCAUCGGUCACGGUAGAUUGGUCUCCAAUAACCUCAAUCAUGCGCUCAUUUGCCUGGCCGGGCUUGAGCUCGACGUUGUCCAAGAAAUCGUUGUCGACGAGGAAACGGAUGGCCUGCGAGAGGUUGGAGACAGUCAUGCGAAUUUCGGGUAGCAAGAGAUUCCGGAGUAGGGAUUGUCGCUGUGCGAAAGGGUUGCGCGGCGUUCUUCGAGGUUGCUUGGGUCGAGGUUUCUUGACUGGUUCAGGGACGCUAAGAGCCCUUUCUUGCGUCUCAACAUCUUCUCUCGCCUCUUCCUCGCCGGAGUCGUCGACAUCCAUAAUCAUAUCGUGUGCUUCAUGUGCUUCAACCCCUGGAGGUGCUUUAGACGAGACGACCUCUGGAGCACUGUCCGAAUCUGAAUCCGAGCUCGACGACACGUCUUCCUCUGGACGCUGUGUUGCAGCUGCCGCAACUCCCGUACGUGAACCCGUGGAUGCCUCCGUAGCAAUGGGUGCGCCAGCUCCGUCCUGCUGCUCGUGGGGUCUCCUUCCAUCCCAACCGCUAUCUCCCCCUCCCCCUUUACCCCUGCCCCUGCCUCUGCCUCGUCCCCGCCCUCGCUGCCCCCCUCGUCCCCUGGUAUUCCCUGAUUGUCCGUCUCUGUCGGCAUCCAUCCUCCGCCGCUUCCUCCUCUGCCCAUCGUCGAACGGGAGCUGACCGCGCUGUACCGCUUCGCGUUUCUUCUGCUCCUUCUCCGCUACGUUCUGCGCGGUCGGGAACCGCUUCUUGCGCUCCGCGAUCCACGCAGCAAUCGCCUCAGGCGUGUCGAGGCGAAGACUCGUGCCCUGGAUAGGAACCGGCUUCCCUUUGAGGCUGGGGUCCGCGUCCCAGUCGUUUUUCUUCUUCCUGUGAUCCCAGCCGGGAGGAUAGAUGAGGUGCCGGUCCAUCAUGUGCAGCUCGACGCUCUUUUUCGACCCGGUGAACGAACAACCCUGCUGAGAGCAUCUCGAGGUACCAGGCUGGUACCAGCCCCCUGGACCUUGCCCUCCUCCGUGUCCAUGCAUCGGCGGGCGUUGUGGGGCGUUCGGACGCGCAUUGUGGGGAGGGUUGCGUUGAUUGUAGUUGGUCCCAGGGACAUAUGUAGAGGAUAUCGUGUAACCUUCAGCCGUCACGGAGGGGCCUGCCUGGUUGUAGUACUGAGCGUACGCCUGCGCAUAGUGGGCGGCCUGGCCGUAUGCGCCAAACUGGGUCUGCCCGUAUGGGUUGGAAAGCGCAGCAGUGACCGCUUGCGCGGCAAUGUUGGCAGAAGAGGGACCAGCGUGAGCAGAGUAGUAUGGCACGCCCUGGUGUGCCUGGGGGCGAUUUGGCUGCAUCCGAGUCCAAACAGAGCAGAGAGCACGAAGGAGCGCCCGUCUCUUGCGCGAAACUUUUUGAUGUCGGCAAAUGCGUGUU